GGAGGGCCGAGCAGUCAUGAUCCAUGGGAGCGACAGGCAGCAUACAGAGCCAGGAGUCCCGAGUUCCUUAGUGCCAUGCCCAGAAAAGUCCGCGCUGAGGAAUUCACCACGCAGGGUGCUCCAUGCAACCCGGUGCACGAAUAAGCGCAUGCGUGAGGGCGGACUGGCAGAGGAACAGCAGAGGUAUGACAGACAAAUCGCCUGUGCAACCUGGGGCGAGUGCCCAGCGCACUACAGGGCCAUGUGCCCAUGACACGGUUACUGGUCAUUGGGAUGCUUCUUCGGUACUGGGCGUGGCGGGCGGCGGCAGGAAUCGAUGGCAGCCGGAAUCGUACGCAGUUAACAGCCAGCAGCUUUACAGUGGUGUGCGAAGAACGCAGCAGCGGAAUCUAAGUCAAGGCGUCUACCGGUGCCUGCUCGACAAAUCAAUCCAGGCAAACCUAGACCAUUUCAACGCACAGAUGAUGCUCUUUCGGAAGCGCUACGAUUCACAGCCCGUGGCGCCUGACCAGCACAGUCUUGGCUCACGGGUUCGGGCCAGUCGGAGCGGGUCUCUGCGGUCCCUGAUCGGACGCCACCGUUCAAAGGGGAGCGAUGACGCUGCAGCGCGGAACCGUGACCUGGACUCGUUCUGCUUUGUUGAAAAGCCAGACACGUCAGUUUCCGACUAUGCCGAUCGCCAGUCGCCUAAAGGACGCAGAUACUCGUCGGUCUCGGUUGAAGGGGUUGUGAUGAAACGGCACCGGUCAGUAUCCACACCAGCGGCGCUACGGAAGCAUUCGCAGGCAUCGCGUGCGGGGCGACUCGAUGGCAUUCGGACCGGCAGAGAUGGCGUCUGCGCAAAGGUUUCACGUGGCGAAAAGCAGUAUUGCGAAUGGUACGUAUCCAGUUUCCUCUACGUCUGGGGCGGAGGUGACUGCGCAGGCAGCUGCUAUGAUUUUCGCCAUAUGGCGUCGUUGGGGGAGGGAGAAACGAUGUGACAAAGGGUAGCCAGACUCCAAAAAACCGGGCUGAAUCUCGCUUUCAGAAGGGU